CAGGGGCUCAGUUCCUAGCCUGGCCCCAUGGAGCUCCCCCUGGCCCAGAUCUGUCCCCAAGGAAAUGGCAAAGCCCCUGACCCUACCUUCAGCACCUUCCAGCCCCUGGAGCUGCCCCGCAGGAGCUGCCAGGACCUGGGCUUGCUCCAGGGGCCCAGGCUCCAGGCCCUGAAGGCUGAGGAUGCCCAGCCCAGCCCCAGGGUCCCAGCUGUCCACACUGUGGCAUCUCCUCAACCCCGAGAAGCUGCCUCUAGCCCAGAGGAUGCCGAGAAGGCUGAUGAGGUGUUUGGGGAAGGAGGCCAGUCCCUGCAGGCCGAGACCCGGGCUUGGUUCCAGAAGACCCAGGCCCACUGGCUCCUGCAGCACGGGGCAGCCCCAGCCUGGUUCCACGGCUUCAUCACCCGGAGGGAGGCUGAGAGGCUGCUGGAGACCAAGCCUGAGGGAUGCUACUUGGUGCGGUUCAGUGAGAGUGCUGUGACCUUUGUACUGACCUACAGGAGCCGGACUCGCUGCCGCCACUUCCUGCUGGCCCAGCUUGGGGAUGGGCGCCACGUGGUGCUAGGUGAGGACAGCGCUCACGUGAGGCUGCAGGACCUGCUGCGACACUACACAGCGUGCCCGCUCAGCCCCUAUGGGGAGACACUCACCGAGCCCCUGGCCCGCCAGACUCCCGAGCCUGUCGGACUUUCCCUGAGCACUGAAAUGCCGGACUCUGGAAACAAAAGCCAGGACUCACACCCUCAGUAUGGCUUGAUCCUCAAAAAGUUGCAGAACGUAACCCCCACGCAGAAGGAGGGGGCCGGGGAGCCCAAGGAGUCUCCCCAGCAGCCCAGGCCCAAGCCUCCCUUGCCUGCGAAGCCCCAGCUGUCCCCCGAAGUCUACACAAGCCCGGCUCCGAAGCCCCGCCCGGCCCCGCCCCCCAAGCCCUCCCAUCCCAUCUACCAGGAGCCCGACGAGCCCAUCGCCUUCUACGCCAUGGGGCGGGGCAGCCCCGGGGAAGCCCCGUGCAACCUCUAUGCGGAGGUGGAGAUGGAGGUCCCUCCUGGGGCCGGGGGGCCACCCUGCGUCCUCGGGCACCGGGCCCUGCGAAAAUGCCGGUCCAGGCCUGUCCCAGGAAGCCAGAAUCCAGGAGCCUGGCGACCACAGUCUGAGAACUCUGUGACUGGACAAGGCCCUCCUGUGCCCCACCAGCCUCUGCCCUGCUGGGGGCACACCCUCCCUCACAAUCUUUCUAGACAGAGGACAGAAGAAGACAAAGGACAGGUGUGGCUUCCCCUGGGGCCUCCCCAGUAGCACGGUGAGUCUGAGCUGGGGGAGGAUAACCUAGAACCCCAGGUGCUCUUCUCAGGAAAUGUGCAUGGAACAAACCAUAGGCAAUCAGACUAGAAAGGACCUCAGCCAUCAUCUACUGCAAAGAUGGCACAGAGGUGUCAUCUCACAUGCCAACUGCCAUCCAUUGGUCGCGGCUGCCUAGAGCUCUGCGCUGUGAAGGAUGUUCAGGUCAUCUCCACACUCAGCAGAACAGAGCACCGUUAUUGAUUAGUGAUGUCUGUUGUGGGCAGAGAGGGAGGCAGUAUAACAGCGUCUCUUUUGCCAUCACUGAUCCAGGCCAAGCGCCCGGAGGUGCAGAUGUGGAGACAAGCCAGAGAGGGAUAGUGACUGGGCCAGGGCCAAGGACUAGAACCCGGGCUUCCUAGGUCCCUUGCCUGGCACCCUUUCUUACCCCAUGUCCUCCUCUCCACAGGAAAUGUCAGAGAUUUCCUGACAGGAAAUCUGGCUGCUCUCCAGAGUUCCACAGCAUGGAGGCCUGGGUGCCGGUGGAACUCCAGAUCCCAGUUUAGCCCCAUUCCCUGGACAGAUCAGGGCCCCCACAAGGAAGCCUGGAGUUCAGAGGAGCGGAUGCAGACUCAGCUCCCUUUCAGGGACCCAGGCACAGGCUCCCUCCCCAAAGUCCCGGAGAACCCGGUGGGUGGUGGUGGUGGUGGGUUGGUGAUGCGCAGUCCUCCAAGGAAGGGUGCAAGGGUGCCCCUGCUGCCUCCCACUGCCCUAGCUUCUCCUCCUGGAGUCUGAUUUCCUUGGCCCUCUGAGCCUUAGAGUCUGGGCCCUGGUCCAAUGCUGCUGUUGUCUGAGGAAU